AUGCUACGAACGUUUGCGCGCUACAACUCUUUUAAAAGUACGGCGACACUCAAAAAGCCAGUUUUUGAUAUCAAAAGCAUCCUCGGAAGAGAAGAUGAGAUGAGAUCAUCGAUCCGUCGGAGACAAACAGACAACAUGGCCGACUUGGAUCUCCUUAUCGAGAACAGACCAGUUGAGAUAUCGCUACAGAAUGAGAGAAACAAUCUUGUGCAUGAAAGAAAAACGCUCAGUGCUAAUUCGUUGAAUAUACUCAAGGCUAAGGCCUCAGCUGAAAAGGAUGCUUUACUCAAAAAACUUCAGGUCCUCAAGGAAGCUAUAGCCGAGACCGAAGUCAAAUUAUCCGACUUGGCUGCUAAAAACCAUCGUGCAGCAGAGUCUCUACCCAACUGGAUUGACCCUAGUGCUCCAAAGGACCCUGCAAUUGCAGAAGUGCAUCUGUUCAUCAAUGGUGUAGAUCAAGAAGAGAUAGAGGCUCUGCUUCCGGUCAACGACUUUGAUCACAAAACGGUAGGCGAGCGCUUUAAAUUGGUCGAGCUUGCUAAAGCAGCAAAAAUCUCAGGUAUGUCCUGGUAUUACCUUAUCAAUGAUGGAGCUCUUUUGGAGCAAGCUCUUGUUCAGUAUGCUUUGGCCAGAGCCAGGAAGGCUGGAUAUAAAAUGGUUAUCCCCCCUUCUAUUGUGAGGACAGAAAUUGCCAAUGCUUGUGGGUUUAAACCCAGAGACCAAAAUGGUGAAAAGCAAGUUUAUCGUAUUGAGGGCGAGCCUUUAUCUCUUACCGGCACUGCUGAGAUACCUUUGGGUGCCUUACACAGUCUGGAAAUAAUGAAGGGGCCAGCUAAGUAUGUUGGGGUUUCCCGAUCCUAUCGAGCUGAGGCAGGAGCGAGAGGCAAGGACACUGCUGGCUUGUACCGAGUUCAUGAAUUCACGAAGGUGGAGUUGUUUCAUUUUGCAAAUCCUGAGUCGUCGACAAAAGAACUCGAAGACCUCCGUGAACUUCAAACUUCCAUUAUCACGGAUCUUGGUAUAAAGGCUAAGAUGCUAAAUAUGCCUACCACAGACCUAGGUGCGCCUGCCAUGAAGAAGUACGAUUGUGAGGCCUGGAUGCCCGGUCGUGGGUCUUGGGGUGAAUUGACCAGCUGCUCGAAUUGUGGUGAGUAUCAGUCACGUAGACUUGGAAUCAGGCACUACAACUCACAAGGUGAACUUGAGUAUGUCCACACACUCAAUGGCACGGCAAUGGCUGUUCCUAGGGUUAUCGUUGCAAUUAUUGAACAGUUCUAUAAUCCCGCCAGCGAUUCCAUUGCUAUUCCAACGGUUCUACAACCAUACAUGGAUGGUAAAGAAUUCAUUACAGUCACUAGUAACUAG